AGACCUUUCGGACCUCAGUCCCGCCCGGCAGCAGCGGUUCCACUGUCAGGGGCCCGUGGCUCCGGGUGCACCCCGUGUUUGACGCCGACUGGGCCCCCUGACACGAGCAAAACUUGGUGCAUUUCAGAUCACACGGGGCCCAAGUUUGACAUCGAUAUGUUGGUUUCGCUUCUGAGGCAAGAGAAUGCAAGAGACAUCUGUGUGAUCCGAGUUCCUCCCGAAAUGAGAUACACAGAUUACUUUGUGAUCGGGAGCGGAACCACCCGACACUUACAUGCCAUGGCCUACUACAUCGUGAAAAUGUACAAAUUCCUAAAAAGUAAAAAUGAGCCUCAUGUGAAAAUUGAAGGGAAGGACACUGAUGACUGGCUCUGUGUGGACUUUGGCAGCAUGGUGAUUCAUUUGAUGCUUCCCGAGACCAGAGAAAUGUAUGAACUGGAGAAGUUAUGGACCCUGCGUUCUUAUGAUGACCAGUUAGCUCAGAUCGCACCUGAGACAUUACCUGAAGACUUCAUUCUUGGAAUAGAAGAUGACCCUUCCUCCCUGACUCCAAUGGAGUUCAAAUGUGAAUAAAAUACUGGUUUACUCAUUUCA